CCACCCCGCCCAGGAUCAGGCGAGGGGGAACAAGCCAGCCCCGCUGCGGCUGCCAACCCGCGCCCAGUGCGCCUGCGAACUCCCGGAGCGGAGUCCCGCGCGCCGCCGCGUCUGCACCGGGCGCGCUCUGCUCUCUGCCCCGGACCCCGCGUCCUGCUCCCCGCAACCCUUCCCCACUUUUCCCCCUUUUGCAAUCACAUGGCGUUUUAAGAAUGCCGGAAAGAUGGCGGUAGCGGCGGCGGCGGCGGCGGCGGCGGCUGGGCCGGCAGGCGGGGGAAGCGGCCGGGCGCAGCGGAGCGGGCUGCUGGAAGUUUUGGUGCGGGAUCGCUGGCACAAAGUUCUGGUGAACUUGAGCGAAGACGCCCUGGUUCUGAGCUGCGAGGAGGGCGCUGCGGCGUACAACGGCAUCGGGGCAGCCACCAAUGGCUCGUUCUGCAGGGGUGCCGGGGCCGGGCACCCGGGCGCGGGCAGCGCGCAGCCCCCGGACUCGCCCGCCGGUGUCCGCACGGCCUUCACCGACCUCCCGGAGCAGGUGCCCGAGUCCAUCUCUAACCAGAAGCGCGGCGUGAAGGUGCUGAAGCAGGAGUUGGGCGGUUUGGGCAUUAGCAUUAAGGGGGGCAAAGAGAACAAGAUGCCCAUCCUCAUCAGCAAGAUCUUCAAGGGGCUGGCGGCGGACCAGACCCAAGCUCUGUACGUGGGCGACGCCAUCCUAUCGGUGAACGGAGCCGACCUGCGGGAUGCUACCCACGACGAGGCGGUGCAGGCUCUGAAGCGCGCAGGCAAGGAGGUGCUGCUGGAAGUCAAGUACAUGCGGGAAGCUACGCCCUAUGUGAAGAAAGGAUCGCCUGUGUCAGAGAUCGGGUGGGAAACGCCACCACCUGAGUCCCCUCGGUUAGGAGGCAGCUCCUCGGACCCUCUGUCAUCACAGUCUUUCUCCUUCCAUAGAGACCGGAAAAGCAUCCCCCUCAAAAUGUGCUACGUCACUCGGAGUAUGGCUUUGGCUGACCCUGAGAACCGGCAACUUGAAAUCCACUCUCCAGAUACUAAGCACACAGUGAUCCUAAGGAGCAAGGACACAGCCACUGCCCAGGCUUGGUUCAGUGCUAUCCAUUCCAACGUUAGUGACCUGCAGAGCCGAGUGAUGGCAGAGGUCAGAGAGCAGCUGGGGAAAGCGGGCAUUGCUGGGAGCCGAGAGAUCAGACAUCUUGGCUGGCUUGCAGAAAAGGUGCCAGGGGAGAGUGAGAAACAGUGGAAACCAUCCCUGGUUGUACUGACUGAAAAGGAUCUUCUAAUCUAUGAGAGCAUGCCACGGAGGAAGGAAGCCUGGUUCAGCCCAGUUCACUCCUACCCUCUUCUUGCCACCAGGCUGGUCCAUUCAGGUCCAGGGAAGGGAUCACCCCCGGUUGGUGCAGAUCUGUCUUUUGCAACGCGAACUGGUACCAGACAAGGGAUUGAAACACAUCUCUUCAGGGCAGAGAUCAGCAGGGACCUCUCUCAUUGGACGAGGAGUAUAGUACAGGGUUGCCACAACUCAGCUGAACUCAUUACUGAAAUAACCACAGCUUGCACCUACAAAAACCAGGAGUGCCGUUUGACCAUACAUUAUGAGAAUGGAUUUUCUAUUACCACUGAACCUCAAGAGGGUGCCUUUCCCAAGACAAUCAUACAGUCUCCUUAUGAAAAACUGAAAAUGUCCUCAGAUGACGGAAUCAGGAUGCUGUACUUAGAUUUUGGUGGCAAAGAAGGAGAGAUUCAACUGGACCUUCACUCCUGCCCCAAGCCCAUCGUUUUCAUCAUUCAUUCCUUCUUGUCAGCUAAGAUUACAAGACUGGGCUUGGUGGCCUGAACCGAGCGGCGACGUACCUUUGAGAAGAGGAAGGCUGCAAGCCACCAGAGAGUGUGACGUCAAAUACCAUCUGUAGUGAGCAGAGCACAGGUGGAGCAUGCCAUAGUCAGCUUCAGGUCUCAGGAAUCAUGUGGAACUGUCCCAGACUCCUUCAGCUUCAGCAACUACAAGGGGUAUCCUAAGAAAACGCCACAAGAAAUAGCAGAAUAAACUUUAGAAGAUUAGAAGGCUAACGAGAUAAGGGCAAUUGGAAAUAGACAGCAUAGAUUUUAGAUAAUGACAGCUAAGGAUAUCCAUGUGCAGAUCUUAAUCAUACCAGUUUCUAGGCAACUGGCUCACCCAAGUAAGCAAGGGCUGAGCAGAUGAGAAAUGGACAUUUUCACCUUCUUCCACCCUCACCCAGUAACAAUGAUCCCUUCUUUUAUUGUGAUUUACUUCCUAAUUUGAGUUGACUUUCUUUGGUAGCAAAAGAAAACUACUUCAGAUGGAAACUUACCUUUUAUUUAAGUACAAAGCAGUUGUUACUUUUUUUUUUUCUUAACGAAUUAUCUUUCAAUGGUGUAGAAUGAUUUCAAAGUGUUCUCAUUAGCAUAUACUGAGCAGGAAUUAAAUAAAGCAUCAGAUACUUAUCUGAGCUGUAAACUGUAGGAAUCUGAGCCAAGGUACACUGCUUAAAUUGCAAAGUUUGUCGAAGAGUUCUGUACACAAAAGGUGAUUCAUUCUAGGACUAUACUCACACCAAGGUCUGCUGUCUUACGGCCAAGACUGAUAGCUUUAUUUAUAGAAAGCAAAUUAUGAAUUUUUUAAAAAAGAUUGUCAUCUGAUUCAUAUAUAUAUAUGUAUAUAUAUAUAUAUAUAUAUACAUAUAUAUAUAUGAAACAACCCAUGUGGUUGGGGUUAACUAAUUAUCCCCAUUUUGUGGUUUCCAAUAGAAGUACUGAGCAAUUUAUUGACCCUUGUUCCUGACUGUGCUUGUAUGCAUGCAUUUUCAAGUGAGUAAUAGAGCAGCCUAUUUAAUUCUGGAUGAUUCUGGGUUUUACAUAUAGACCCAGUGUUGUAAUCAAAUCAAUUGCUAGCAUCUGCAGUUCUUUCAGAAUUCCAGGGAAAUAACAUAAUGACCUGAUAUUUUUCUACAAAAAUAUUUUCAGAGUAUAUAUAGUACAUUUCUGAUUUAAUGCUUUUGCUUUUGUCUUUCAAAACUAAUUCACUGAAAAUAGCACCCAUUAUUUGAUUUUGGAGUUCCUUUUCUAAAACCUUGAAAAUUAGCUCUAAGAUUUCUGUAAGCAUUUCUAAUCCAUCUUUCCCCUAUAGUUUACAUAGAUAAGUGUUCUGUGUUAAACUAACAUGUUUUUUAAGAGUCAUAUUUUAACAAAUACCUAUGCAAAGAGAUUUAAAAAGUGAAAUUGCUUUAAAAGAAUGUGAUGUUGCCCAUUCAGACAUAUUUGUAAUCGAGUUACAAAGUUUUAUUUAAAAUUAUCAUUUCCCCCAAUAUAUGUAUUGUUUGACACUAAUUCUAAGGGACAUUGAUUGAGAGGUAUUAUGAAGGGGUGGGAACAGGGUAGGGAUUUGGUAAUGAAAAUCUUUGUUAAAUACCGAGUUAAAAUAAUGUUAAACAGAUUUCAGUACUGCUGGCCUCCUGUGCAGACUUUGAUGUUCACUGUGAUUCUUCCAGGGGAGAAUCCCUUCCACUUACCCACAGGACUCCCUUCCAAUGGGCCUCUGGUGAAGAUAGCGCAUUUUUGAAAAUUGCUUUAGAAAACACAGCUUUAGGAUAUUGACUUUUUAUUGCUUAUUUUAAAAUGCUGAAGAGUGAAAUCCCAUCUUAAAUACUGUAGAACAGCUUUGAUGCAUUUGUAAAUUGUCUUGCACUCUCUCUAUAUUUUCAGAAUCACUGGAAUGUUGUUAUACAAGAGAAUUAUACUUGUGUAUUGUAAAUAACAUGUUAAAAUCCAUAAUUAAUGCCAAUAGUUUAAUUCAACAUAAUGUAAUCUAAGGUGCUCGGUACUACAUGAAGUAUGAGUUAAUUACUCAUGACUAAGUUGCAAAGAUCCUACUAUAUAUUUAUAGACAGAUCAAAACAAUCAUUACAAAUAUUAUUUCUUCAUCAUUUAAGUUUUGGACUAAUAUUUGUGUGGAGAUCAACAGAAACUACAUUCUCUUACAUUUAUAAAAACUUAAUUUAAAUAUUUAUAUUUUAGGAAAAUAUAUUUGAAUAAAAAUCAUGCAAUUUCUGAAGUAAAUUAAACUGUGUUCUUAGCAAGAAAUAGAAAAUUUUACCAAGAGAAUUGUGUUGUGAAUCAUUAUUUUUUCCAAGUAUAUAAUAACAGAGUGAGUCUGAUAAAUCAAUUUCAACUACCCAUUUUUUCUUCUUUUGAAUUGAUUUUCAUCUUGUCUCAAUGUGUGUUAGUGGGUAUGGCAGAGGCUCCCAAGUCUGGAUCAUCUCUGAGAAUAUUCAAUGGAUCAACUGAGUCAUUUUGAGAAAUUUGUCCAGUUCACUCUGUGCUCAACCCCGUGAGUUAUUACGCUAAUGAUGUUUUCCCUACAUGAAAAUCGAUAUAAAUGAACAGUUUUUCAAUCUGUACUUUGUGGGAAGCUGUCCAUUUUUCACUAGAUGUGGUUCUGUGAGUCCUUUGGUUGGCGACAUCUCUUAAAAGAGAUUUAAAGAAGGCCAAUGUGAAUAUAGAUAUCAGUUGUUUAUUCUGACUUGAAUUAAGCAGGAGAAACAAAAUCAUAACCUGAAUACAAAGUACCCAGGUGAGGUAUUUAAUUCUAACAAAGGAUAGGAUGAAAAUGCUGCAGACACACAACCCUUUGUCUAAAAGCUCGUUGACCUGCCUGAAUGGCAAUGGAAAGAAUGAUUUUAAUGCUGAGGUGGAUUCUCCUAAAAUCAUAGAUCUCUGUUUUACAAAUAUUAGGGAUUUCAUUGGAGCAGGCUGGGGAGAGGAAGUAAAUUUUUGGAUAUUCCUAGAGUUAAAAAAAAUGUGCCUGUAUUUAUAAUAUCAUGACUAUCAUGUCAACUUUAUACAUGAAUUAAAUAAAUAUUCAUCCAUGA